GCCCAUCACCAAGUGUUAGGAGUCAUGCGCGAAAAGUUGACACAACUUCUACAAAAGAAAGCAAUCAAUAAAUAAAAAAUAUUAAACGAGGAUUAAUUAUAAAGCACAUAAAACUAUGUUAACGGGCCCAGAAUGCGUUCUUCUAAGCGUAAAAUAUUAAGCCAGUCAUACUACAGUUUAAAAACAAAAGAAUAUCGACCACCAAAGGUUAUUCUUCAGUUUUCACAACUGUUUCACAGAAAUAAGCUCAUCGGAUGUACUUAUUGAUUUAUGCAUAAACAAAAUUAACGGAUUUAACACUUCGCUAUAAAAAAAAUUAAAAACAAUUAAGAAAAAGUUAAUAUGCGAAUUGCACAUGUGUGUAUGAACCAUUCGUAUUAACCUGUUGAAGAUAUUUUAAUCGAAAUAAAAAUUUAAAAGUUGUUAUUAAAACAUGUACAUUUUGUCGUGUAAUCCAAAAGUGAAAAUAUCAUAAAUUGUAUGUUAAAGUUGAAAGUCAAUGAACAAAAACUACAUCUUUUUUUGUUGACGUUUUCUCAGGACGCUCCGAUGGCCCUACUUGAGUGAUUGCAUCUACAAAAAAUUAGUUUUCAAAAUAGAAUUAAACACGAAUAAAUUGGAUAAAAAUGCAUUCAGUGGGUAUACAUUCCGCAAUGGCGAUUAAACGGCAAAGAAAACGGCGAGAUGAACAAAAAAGAGCACGAGAAAGGCGUUAUAGCACACAAAGUUCCGAGAGUGGCGAAACAUUUCAUUCACCAUCGGGAUCUGUCAGACGCAAAUAUCACCAUCCCCAUCAAGCAACCAAACCCGGUACCAGAAUGCUUGACAGCCAGGUAGUUACUAGUAUUGGAAUGUUGCAUAUUGGUAUUGUAUUCGUUGUAUUUGGAGUUUUUCUUUGCGGAGCUGGUAUUGUCCCAGAUGAAAGUAUGUCUUGGAAUGUAUUUAGUUCUAGCGCAGCCUGGUGGAAUGAAGUAACCUGCACCGGAUUGUUUUCUUUCGGACUGGGACUAUUUUUACUUAUUUUAAAUUGUCUCAUAAGCCGAAAAGAAGAGGAGGACCUUGAAGACUACGUUCAGCGUCAGCUGACUCGAUCUCGUUCUGGACACCGACUUGAGCGAGAUGUAGAAACAGGAGUACUGACCACCCGCCAUGCUCGAAAAGCGGUUGCCUUACAAAAAAACGGACGUCACAACAUUCCAACAGAUGUAGCUGUCGUAAAUUGUGGCUCUACAGAAACAUUGUGCAAUGGAAUAGUAGUUGGACGAAAUGGACUUAAAAGCUCUGACGUUAUUCUCGAAAAAAUUGUGGAGGAGGACACUAAUUAUUUAAAUGACCGAAGUGCUGGGAUGUCACCGAUUGAAAUAGAAAAUGAUACUAAACAGCUCUUAAGAAAAGAAUCCAGAAACGAAGUUAUAAAUAUAACACGAAUAUGAAAAUUUGUGUUAACAAAUUUGUAAUAUUAUUACUAAUAUUAUUAUUAUUAAUAUUUUUAAAUCUAUAGAAGUAAAAUGAAAAAUAGUCGCUUUAAUUUUAAUAAAAAAUAUUUUCAUAUGUCAUACGGACUGCCCCAGACAUCGCAGAGAACCCUUUCAGCGUUAGUUUCGUAUGUGCAGCAAUAUGAAUUGUGUAAGAUUUAGAGUUGGCGAUAUUUCUAAGGCACUUCUGACUAUCUUAAUAAAUCUAUCUAUCUCAAAAACAGCGUAAUAAAAAAGAGAAUAGGUUAAUAUUUAAUCGAAACAUUUAAGUACAUUUACAUCAGCUUUCAGGCUCACAUGUUAAACCUAAAUAAAAUUUUUAGUUUGCAAUUUACAUUUAUUUUCCAAUUUUGAAACAUGCGGACGAGAAAACGGGCCUAUAGAUGCCUGAUAUAAUAACUAAUUCAAAUGCUGAUCAUAAUUUUUAUUUAUUUAAGCAAUAAGUAACUAUCUGUGUUGAUAAGUGGGGACAAACGAGCUAAUCGUCAAUUUCUCAAAUCAGAAGUAGAAACAUUUAUUGUAUUUAUUUAAGGUAUCCCAUUUUUGACUGAUAAAGAAUCCUUUUGGGCUUACAUUAUAUAUUUUAUUAUACUAUUGUAUAAAGUUUUUCCUUAGAAUCAUACAAAAAAAUAAUUCUAACUUACAAUUAAUAAAAUUUGCUUAUAAACAAUAAAACAUCCAACUUCAGAAAUACAAAAUAAA